AUUCUCCCUAAAAUUUAAUACUAGAUCUCACAGAUUGAUUAUUCAUUGGUGUUUGAUUUGUAUACUGUAAACUGAAAAAAUCAGAUGGAGUUUACUAGUUUGUUAUAUAAGAAGUAGGCGUGUCUGUCAACCGAUUUCUCAUACACCAUAUUUAGUUGAAAUCGGUCAAGUACACACACGGACAGACAGUUGCCCGGAUUUCCACUCGUUAGGUGAACAAAAGUAUUAUACUCUUUAGCAACAUGUUGCGAGAGUAUAGAAACGUGUUUAUUUUUUUAUUGCAAAUAUUUUUCAUUCGACCAAAUUUUAACGAUAACACAUGUAUAAGUCCAUCACCAGAAAUAUAAUGAAAGUGAAAUGUAAAAACAAAAAAAAAAUUAAAAAUUGUUAUCUUCUCUACAUAUCUCACCUACGCUAGAUAGUGAUUAAGAGCGUUUGCGAUAACGGAACAGCAUGACACAUUUCUAUACGCAUUGACAUAUGGUACUAAAAGGUAGAAUAAGAAUGAAAAAUAGUGGCAUCGCAGCCGGUAGGAUUCGAACCUACGCUCCCAGAGGGAAUCUGAUUUCGAGUCAGACGCCUUAACCACUCGGCCACGACUGCUGCGCGCCAUUCACUGCCAAUUUACACACACCACCACCACUCGCUUAUCUAUCGCAUAACAACGAAACAUUGCAAAUAGAUAAAAGGAGCUCUUAUCUUAAGCAUGUUGAUAAGUGCAAAAAUUUGUCAACAACAUUAAAAGUUGCUUAAUUAAAAAGACGAAUGUGUCGACGUUAUUUACGAAAUAUUUCAUAGAUAAAGACCCAAAUGUGGGACAAGAGCAGGUAGCUUAAAAUCAAUGUGGAAUUUAAAAAGAAUUUAAUAGGAAAAUUUCAGUGCUGUGUUAAAGUGCAACGCGUAAGGUUAAUAAAACAAUUUUUACAGUUUACCGUUAUAGGAAGUGCUACGUAUGAAUAUGUGAGAGUUAUUGGCAUGUGCAAAAGAAAUAAAUGUACCUGAAGAGAUUAGUGAAUAAAAUUUAAAUACAAAAUAAAAAAAAUAUUUACAAUAUUAAAAAGUUACUGUUGCAAAUUCUCGUAGAAUUACUUUAUAAAUUUUACAUUUACAACAACCACAUAGAAACUUCAGUACCUUUGAAAAUGAAUAUAUUCUUCAGCAAGUUACUUGAAGACGACGCAAAUGUUUUUGAAUCACCAUUUCUAAUAUGGGAAAUGCUCACGAUGCUGCGCAUUGGCAUCAAAGGAGAAAGCGCGCUUGAGUUGGACAAUUUUUUAAGAUCCAAUGCGCCUGAGAUUGAAAUCACCGCAAAUGAUUUAGAGUCCUUAAGAACACGCUACAUGCUGCCGGCGGAUACGAAAACGAAUUGCCACACGAAUGGUAGAAUUUUAACGAUUGCCAAUCGAAUAUUCAUAAACAACGGCACACGUUUAAAGCAAAACUUUAUAGAAGCGCUGCAGCAGCAGUUCGCCUGCGGCAUACAGGAAGUCGAUUUCAGUGCGCGCGCUCAAGCUGCCGCUACUAUAAAUACGUGGGUGAGCAAUGCCACGCACGAACGCAUACGCGACAUAAUAUCCUCGCACGAUGUGGGUGCCAAUACACAAGCGGUGCUGACGAAUGCGAUCUACUUUAAGGCGAAGUGGCAGCAUCAGUUCGAGACGAUCGACACGCAACAAGAAUACUUCCACUUAAAUUGUGACGAGAAUGUGCUCGUGCCAAUGAUGAGCCAGACAAUGAACAUACGCUAUGCUUACAUGCCGAAUCACAAUGCUGUCGCAAUAGAGUUGCCAUAUCGUGAAACUGAUCUGUCAAUGUUGGUGAUAAUGCCAAUAGAAGCGUCGUCGUGGACCGAUUUGGUAUCUAUCUCGCAGCUGAAAUUGUCGAAAGUGCUGGAACAUAUGGUGUUUCGGAAAAUCUGUGUGAAGCUGCCGAAAUUCUCAUUCAACUGCACUAUAAAUGUGCAUAGCUUGCUCACGCAGUUCGGCGUGCGCGGCAUUUUCCAAGCCAGCCAAGACUUCGAUAAUCUUAUUGCGGAGCAUGCUUCUAAUUUUAGUGUUUCGAAAAUCAUACAAGAGGCUUUUAUCAAUGUGACCGAAGAAGGUACGGAGGCCGCUGCAGCUACCGCUUGUUGCAUUGAUGGUCCCGUGUAUUUUGAUGAAACUUUUAAUGCAAAUAGACCUUUUUACUUUUGCAUUAAAAAUAGACACCUCUUGAAAUUAUUCGAUGGCUGCUAUCGGCGACCAUGUUGAAUGGCAACGUUAUUACUCACUGAUUGCUUGACUGAUUUAAUAAUGAAAGUAUUCGAUAUAUAGCACCAUAUAUUUAAGAUUUUUAAAAUAAUUAAUAAAUAUUUAUGUUUUUUUUUUUAUAUUGUCAACCUUUUAGCAAGUAAGACCAUAUUCAUAUUUUGUACUUUUAAAAUUGUUAAUAAAACUCUAAAAUUAGUUUUAGUAAUUAAA